AUGCCAAAGGACAAGUAUAACAUCCUGGCAAAGACACGGUCAAGCACAGAAGGCUCUCCGGCAAAGGAAGGUGAUCUGACACUGGAACUUGAGGCAUCUCUGGUUCUCUCUGGAACAAAAUACCCAGAGCCAAGGACCCGGAUUGCAUUCAGUUUUAUAUCCACAUCCAAGCCCGGAGUAAUCAGGCUUUUCUUUGUCACGAUAACUCACUCUAGAUCGAACAGGGAGUACUAUGGAUUCGAUGCGUCUGAGAGCUGUGUGGUCAUCUCCCCAGACAGACUAGAGGCUGGAAAGAGGUACGAGGCUUAUGGAAGGCUUGGGAGGAAAGAGCCCAAGACUCUUUAUUGCGUAGACGUCAAGGAGAUAUGCUACAGGAGGCUGUGCUACGAAAUAUUCUAG